GGGUAUUGGAGUGUGUAUGAGGAAAUUAUUGUUAAUUUUAUGCUUCCUGGACAUACAAAAUUUAUCUGUGAUUCAUUUUUUGGGCAAAUUAAAAAAGUAUAUAGAGAUAAUCGUGCUAAUAUUAUAGAUGAUGUUGAAAAUAUUGUAAAUAGUUCAUCAAAAGGAAAUGAUGCAAUUCAAUAUAAAAAUGGUAAAGGCUUAGAUAUUGGAAAGGUUUAUGCUUCAAAAAAAUCAAAUGAUGACCGUAAAAAAUAUCUUUAUUCAAGAAUUCGUCAACAUGUUGAUGAUCCAUAUAAAGAUAUUCUAUGUUCACAACCUUAA